AUAAGAGGAAAUGCUAAAAAUGUAAAUUUGGAAGAACCAACUGAUGAAAUUUUAAAACAACUCAGCAACAAUCAAGAGUUCAUAAGUAAAUUGAAAACUGUAUGUGAUUUAAAUCAUGUGAGAUUUGUUGAUGUUAAAAUGAGUCUUGGAGGUCUCUACCAUACCACUAGCAAAGGCAUGCAUCAUUAUAAUGACCAUUUUACUAUUAAAUUAACAUUUGGUACAGGAUGA